UAUUAACAAAAAUUUACAUUUUUUCAGAGUGAUAAUAACAAAAUGGGUGACAGUAUUCCUACAGAUUCUUUAGGUUUACUUGACCAGCUGUUAGAUGAGGUUCACCAGUUACGACUCAUCCUCAAUGGUCGUCUUGGCAGCUUGGAAAACAAUGUGUGCAUGCUGAGUGACACCUGCAAUGGAAUGGCUGCCAAAUUAGAGACUGUGGAGGGACUUGUCCAACUCACAAACGAUACUCUGCUUGGCAAAGAAGCUGGUCUUGCCACUAGCUCAGAGAAGAACAACGUCUUCAACUGCCCUGAUGUUACCCCAGAAACUAAGGACGCCGGGAGUGGUGUAUUGGCCACAUCAACUGGUGUACUGCGACUGCCUGGCGUCGAACAAUACCCUGAUGGCACAUGGCUUGGUGAUCCUGACGUCGCCAGCAGGAGAGUCAGGAGCCCCAUUACACCUCAGAAUCUUCUUCACAUCAACUCGACGUGCAUGACGGCAGAGAAGAUGGCGCUCACACUCCUGGAUUACCUCUUCAGUAGAGACGAGCUGGCGUCAUCCAACAUCUCAGGGCGAAGCCGGAACAACAAAAAGCAGCUGGAUCCAAUGAUGGUGUAUGGAAUUCGUUGUCACCUGCAGUACAAAUUUGAAAUUACCACCAAGGAAUGGAACCGCAUAUGUCAAAACAUGGACUCCAAAUGCCGGUCGGCUUUUAAGAGGAAGCAGAAGCUCCAGCACAAUCUUGGAUCUCAAAAUCCAACUAAGGUUAUCAAGGUGUGCCACACGCCUAUACGCUCCAAAGAACCCUCCCUCUCGGAUGACAUUGGCUUCGAUUUUGACCAGCUACAUUCUGCAAACUUGGAUCUCAGUUGUGUCAAGGUAAUGACCGACAGCCCGUGUGAGCUUCGCAUUCUGCACCCGAGCCCUGGCAGCCUGGAUGCUCUGCCAGACUCGCACGAGAUCGUCCUUGCCGAGGACGGCAUGUUGUCUUCUGCUGUAGACGGAAAGAGUAGCAACGGACUGAUAAUGAGCAGUCGCCGUGAUGCGGGACAUAGCAUCAACUUGUCCCCUAUCACGAUGACGACAGACUCUAUCACAUUGUCUGGUGGUAACUUACAUCACAAUCCCGUGUUGGCAACAUCCAUCGUACAUCAACCAACAGGCAUGAACACGUCCUUUGUAGCCUCGCCCCUUGCAGCUUGUGCGCCCACCAUUCACAGGAACCAGCAUCAUGAACGACACUCGGUAGGAAGGAACGCGUCUCAAUGCUCUGUGCUGCAGUCACCUCUUAUGUCAAGUGUGCCUCAAAGUUGUAGACUUGAAGCCCAUGAAGUGUCAUCAGAACUUGAUGGUUGUCGCGUAGUCACUACAGAAUUAGACGGUUGUCGUGUGGUCACUACAGAACUGGGUGGAUGCCGCGUCACAACAGAACUUGACGGUUGCCGUGUAGUGUCUACAGAGCUUGAUGGUUGUCGUGUCGUGACAUCUGAGCUUCAGUCAUGCCCGACACCAUUGUCAUGUCCUUCGUUAUCGUUAUCGGAGUGUGACGUCGAGCACACGACAGACGAAUUAUCAGGAGCCGCGUCGCUGGAAGAUGACACUUCGGAAGGAGUUAUUGUCAUCGCAGGGGAGCCCUCAAGCGAUGACGGCGACGGUAUUCUAGAAAUUGGCGUUGGCGACACGUUGUCCCACCACAAUAUACAGGAUCACUCCCCUUCGUGUAGCCCUUCACCCCCGCCAUAUAAACUUUUAUCUCAUCCUUCAUCUUCGUUUUCUGCUUCUCUUUCGCUUCCUUCAUCGAGCAUCAAGGACGAGAUGGACGGCCAGGAUAUUUCUGAUGACCUGGACGAGUCGAUGCACAGCAUCCACCAGUCGCCUUUACACCAUCUCAGUAUAGGCAGCCUCGCCGUCCUCAGGACUAAAGAGGAACUUAGCGUUAAGAGUGAAGGAAGUUUGGAUAGUUGAUAUCUUGCUCCGGAUCUGCGAUAAUUCCAUAGCUUUUUAUUUUAAAUAAAUUUUUAAAAAAUUUAGUAUUAAUUUACCAAAGACAUGAAUGCUAGUAUUUUAGGUGGUGUAUAUUUGC